GGCGACGAAUCGAGGAGCGUGAUUGGCUUAGGCCUGGGAAAGAGCGUUCGGGGAUCCUCAAUGUACAGGCCGCAGUAGUGCUACCGUUGGAAAAUUAACUAUAAUAAAUAACAACAAAUUCGAAGGGAUCCGAAACUCAUCAACGCUCUGAAGGCAGUCGCGGAGUAGACACUUUCCUCCCAGAUGCCAGAUUCACAGUUUUGCUUAAUAUUUGUGACACUUUUAUGUGAAGGGAACUACUGUCAAAUGUGAAGUAUUGUGGAAAAAUCACAGAUAAUGGAUCAAGGUGGAGGGAUCCUGGAGCUUCACAAGGAUUUGAAAAUGCCCCAUACAAUGAUAAUGCCAGAUUUUGUUGCAGGGAUGGGUGGCCUGGCCCACAUUGACGGUGAGCACAUAGUGGUGUCGGUGCCGGAGGCCGUGAUGGUCUCAGAUGUAGUGACGGAUGAGGGUAUCAUGCUGGAGACUGGCCUUGAGGCUGAAGUGGUGGAAGGGCCUGACAUUUGUCAUGAGGACGUCAUCACCACUGAGGGAGUAAUCAUGUCUGAGUCUAUCCUGGCGGCCGAGGUGGCCAUCCAAGAGGCUCUGGACGGCAGCGCUGAUCUGAUCGAGGAGACUGUGCCUGAUCAGGUGUUUGUGGCUGACCUCAUGUCACCUCACGAUCAGAGUCCACUGGAUCACGACCUGGUGUCUGCAGAGGUCAUGGUGACAGACACAGAGACAGUCAUCCAGUCACAUGACACCAUGCCAUCUGAUGUCACAAUUAAAGCAGAUGAUGAGGAGGAUGUGAAGAGCACUUCAGAGGACUACCUCAUGAUUUCCUUGGAUGAGGUUGGGGAAAAGCUAGACAUUGGAGAUGCGUCUUUAAAGAUCAGUGCAGAUGUGGGCCAAGAUGACGAUGGCUCGAAAGAGGAUGAGUUCAGCUCUGAGGUCAUCAAAGUUUACAUCUUUAAGGCCGAUGGAGAUGAAGAUGUGGAAAUUGGCAGCACAGAGGUGGUAGCAGAAAGUGAUUUUCGCAAUGGGCAUGCGGUGCUGGAGCCAGUGGGCUCAGGCAGGCUGCCCAGAGAGAAGAUGGUCUACAUGGCUGUGAAGGAUGCCAGCCAAGGAGAGGAGGAUAUCAACUGUUCGGAGAUGACUGACCAGGUGUAUAUGGAAGUCAUUGUUGGGGAGGAAGAGGCUCCUGCUAUCACAGAAGCACAACUGGAGGACACACCAGUUAACAAGAGCUUUGUUCCUGCGGCCUGGGCAACUGCUUAUGGAAGCAGUCUAGAAAGUAAGAAUGGUGCAGCCACUCCCUACCUACAGAUCACUGACAGCAUCAGCACAAGCCGAGCACUUAAGCAAAAGAUCAAGAAGAAGAGGAGGGGAGAGACACGCCAGUGCCAGACAGCUGUAAUCAUUGGUCCUGAUGGGCAGCCCCUGACCGUCUACCCCUGCCAUAUCUGCGGCAAGAAAUUCAAAUCACGCGGUUUUCUGAAACGGCACAUGAAGAAUCACCCUGACCACAUGUUAAAGAAGAAGUACCAGUGCACCGACUGUGACUUCACCACCAACAAGAAGGUGAGUUUCCACAACCAUCUGGAAAGCCACAAGCUCAUCAUUAAGAACGAGAGGAUUCCCGAGUACACGGAGUACACGCGGCGCUAUCAUGAGGCCAGCCCGCUCAGCUCCAACAAACUCAUACUGCGUGACAAGGAGCCCAAGCUGCACAAGUGCAAGUAUUGCGAGUACGAAACUGCCGAACAGGGACUCCUGAACCGCCAUUUGCUGGCUGUGCACAGCAAAAACUUUGCACAUGUCUGCGUAGAGUGCGCCAAGGGCUUCCGCCACCCUUCUGAACUUAAGAAGCACAUGCGGACCCACACGGGCGAGAAGCCCUACCACUGCCAGCACUGCGACUUCCGUUGUGCCGAUCAGUCCAACUUAAAGACUCAUAUAAAGAGCAAGCAUGGGACUGAACUGCCCUUUAAGUGUGGCCAUUGCCCGCAGGCAUUCGCAGACGACAAGGAGCUCCAGAGGCACACUGAGAUUUUCCAGGGUCAUAAGACUCACCAGUGUCCGCACUGCGAACAUAAAAGCACCAAUUCCAGUGACUUAAAGCGUCAUGUCAUCUCGGUGCACACUAAAGACUUUCCACACAAGUGCGACGUGUGCGAGAAGGGCUUUCACAGACCUUCCGAACUGAAAAAACAUGCUGAAACGCACAAGGGGAAUAAAGUACACCAGUGCCGGCACUGUGAUUUUAAGACAUCGGACCCCUUCACGUUAAGCCGUCACAUUCUGUCCGUUCACACCAAGGACUUGCCAUUUAAAUGCAAGCGUUGCAAACGCGGCUUUAGGCAUCAGAACGAACUUAAAAAGCACAUGAAGACGCACAGUGGUCGCAAGGUCUAUCAAUGCCAAUAUUGCGAGUACAACACUACGGACGCUUCAGGUUUCAAACGGCAUGUCAUAUCCAUCCACACUAAAGACUAUCCACACAGGUGUGACUAUUGCAAGAAGGGUUUCAGGCGACCGUCGGAAAAGAACCAACAUAUAAUGCGACAUCACAAAGAAACCCUACUAUGAUGCUCUUAAAUCCCCAAAACAAAACAAGAUCUGAUGCUCUACUCUACAGCUACUUAUGUCAUUUAGAUGGCCUGCAUUUUACAACCUCCUUAUUUAAUGUUCUGCUUAUAUGUAAAGAAACAAAUCAAAACUUAGACGGGUAACAGUAAGUGGCUAACAAUAUGGUCUUGGUCAAAGUUUUCAUGUCACACCUCUCGCAGUCUUUGCUUUCUCUGCAAAGAAGAAAAAAAAAGAAAAGAAAACAGUCCUUCAGGGUCUCAAAUGCCUAUAUUUUUAUACCCACUUAGCUGUAAGCAAAUCACAUCCUCUAUUAAAAGGGAUAGUUCAUACAAAAAAUAAAAUUCUGUUGUCAUGUACUUGCCUUCAUGUUGUUCCAAACAUUUGACUUUGUUUUGUAGUGUAUAAAAGAUGUUUCGUAGAAUGUUCAUGCUGCUCUUUCAUUAACUGACAAUUGGCAGUCAAGCUUCAAAAAGGACGAAAAAGCACCAUAUAAGUGUCAUAAAUAUGGACUUUAUGGCAUAAAUAUAUGGCACUUUUUUUUUUUUUUUGUCAAUUUUGAGUGCCUGGUCACUGUAUACUUUUGUAUGUUUGUAUGGGGAAAAACAGCACAAUGAUGUUGUGUUCUAUGGGAGAAAAUGACAAGGGUUUGGAAUAACAUGAGGGUGAGUAAAUAAUGGCAAAGUUUUCUUUUAUGGGUGACAUAUUCCUUGUCAGAGCAUCAUCACAGGGCUUAGUCAGGAUAGACGCCAUAUUAUUUUAUGCAGAUGAAAAGGACUUAAAGUUUUUACGAUGGUAUUCACUGUAUAAAUAUCCUAGAUGACAUCAUUUUCAAAAAUCACAAAAAAAAAAAAAAAAAAAAUUAUGGUUUUGUCAGCUGAAGUCUUUUGGAAAGAUGUUUCAUCAGCUGAACAAUCGGUAUGUUGUUGUGCUGAACAUAAUAUACUUCUAUCCCUCGCAGCCUCAUUUUCAAAAAUUAAAUAUGGCCCUACCCUGACUAAGGUCUGUUGGGACAGACACUUUCUUGUUUUUCUCUGAAGUUGUUAAAUCAUUAGAUGUAUUUUACUGACUGGUAUGUCCAGGUUUUACUGUACCUUUUACCAUUUUGUAACCAUCAUGAUGUUAAUUUGAGCAAUUUCUCUAGUGGUAUCUGAAAUUGUUUGAUUUAAGUGCGUCUUUCCAGCGUUUCCGUACCAUUUGCUCUCUGCAAUCCUAGUGUCUUGGGCGCUCCUUCACGAAUCAAACGUUUUGUUGUUAACUUUGUGAAUACCACUACAAAAUUCAAUGUUUAUGUAAAAUGAAACAUUAACAACAUGGCGAACAUGCACAUACAGCCAAUUUAUUCGGAUCUCCUGCGUCAUGCCUUACUUUUUUUUUUUUUUUUUUUUUUGCACUGAAUUCAGUAUGAAUUGAUUGUGAAUAUUUUUAACACAUUUCAGUUAUGCUAUGAUAGAUGUGUACAUUAACAAAUCCAAAUCACAUUAAGAGCACCUUUUUGCUUUUAAAAUAUCACUUCUGCGUUAUUUAUUUUUUAGUAAGUGGGCAAACAUAGACACAAUAUCCUAAACCAGAAGCCAUCCCACUUCCCACCAGUAAAAGACCUUAGCAAUCAAAAGAGGAAUGCCUUGAUAUCUAGCUCUAUUAAUUGGCAUUGCUAUUGACUUGUAAUAUGACUGUAGUUAACAGCAGCACCCAGCAACUAUAGUACUUCGCAGCAUACAGUACAUGGUGGAUUUCAUUCAUAGGUGGAGGUGGAGUGGGGCUGUACUUGUUGAUCAUGUUUUUAUUGUCAGACUUCCUAAUGUAAUAGUCACUCCAAUGUUGUCAUGUAAAAGCCUUCGUUGUAAGCUCUCUCACAAAGGAGAAAAUGUUUUUAAGACAUUGCAACAAAAUAGUAAAAGUGAAUGAUUUAAAACCGCUUUAAAAACUAUCAGUUCUGUUUCUUGAUAUUACAAAACGCCACUUCAGAAAGAAAUAUCAGUACAAUUUCAGCAUAAAUGCACAUUGUAAAUCUUGCUUUUGUGAUAGUCAUCUUUAUUCACAAUUAAAUUGGAUGUAUUAUGUUAGAGGCAGUAAAACAAAACAUUGUUUAAUUGAUCAAGUACUUACAAAGUAAUCCGUUAUCAUUUGAUCCCUGGGAUUUUAUUUAUGUGCACAAUUACAUGAUGUCAUCAGACUUUCAGGGUGUCAUUCAUGAAUCACAAGGAGAACUGUGUGUGUGUAAAUAGUUUGUAUAACCAUUCUUACGUAAUUUGAUGCAAGGAACAGAUGCAGCAGUUUACGUAAAUGUUUUAUGAACGAUUCACAAAUUCGUUCUGCUCGUGUUUUGUGAAUGAGGUCCGUUACUGUUGUGGCUUCUUGAAUUAUUCCAACCAUAUUUCAAAACUCACCUGUACAGGCAGUGGUUUGGCAGAACCCUAGUGGCGAAAUGUAUGCAAGCAGUCUAGAUGUUGCUGUGUUUGUUACAGUUGUGGUUGGAGAUUAACAUUCUUCAUGAAAAUAAAAUUCAUGCAUUUGAGUUAUUUUCUUUUUGGUACUGGCGACAGGUGGACUACUGGUGAGAAGAAAUCAAAAUAAAUGCUCCUUUAAAAAGGUUUAUUUUGCUUUCAAAAAAUUUCACACUCAGGUAUUUCCUUGACAUUUAGCAAAUAGCACUUUUCAGAUGUAACAAUUAACAGUCUAAUUCAAUGGAAAUAAUUUUAAUCUGCUUAAGUGUUGUAUUAUGCCAUUAAAGAUAAUUAUAAAUACUG